CCUUCUUAAAAAGAUUUGCCUCCUUCCUCAAAGGAAAGAAAACCUAUUGAUAUAAAAGCUCACUUCCCUUCCGGCUUCCCCUGCUAAAUGCUACUCCAGUAGAGACCAAGUGUUGAUGAAUACAGGGGAAAGAAAAAAAUCAACUCUGUCCUCUGCUGCAGCUGAUGCACCCCGGCCACUUCCUGCGAUCUGCUUGUUCACAGUCAAGGGACACAGGUGCAGCAGAUGCUGACUCCGCCCGUGCCAUUAAGAUUUACAAAGCAAGAAGAAAUUAGGAAGCUAUGGGUAGGGCACGCAAGCCUCUAAGUGGGCAGCACAGGCAUUGUGAGAAAUGCUUCGACCGUCACUGCCACAUUCCUGUGGAGCCUGAUGUCUCCUGUCUGGUGAUAAACUGCCACCUGUCCUGUGGUGCUACCUUCCACAUGUGCAAAGAGGCAGAGCAUGAGCUCCUCUGCCCUCUGGAGCAGGUUCCAUGCCUCAAUUCUGAAUAUGGCUGCCCCCUUUCCAUGUCCCGCCACAAGCUGGCCAAGCACUUGCAAGUGUGCCCUGCCAGUGUGGUCUGCUGCUCCAUGGAGUGGAAUCGCUGGCCAAACGUGGACUCUGAAACUACCCUUCAUGAGAACAUCAUGAAAGAGACCCCCAGUGAGGAGUGUUUGGACACAGCCCUGGCCCUCCAGGACCAGAAGGUCCUUUUCAGAUCUUUAAAAAUGGUAGAACUUUUCCCAGAAACUAGAGAGCCCACUCGGGAGAAAACUACCAUGAAUGGUGAAGCCACUUGGGAGGAAAUGGGAGGAGCAGUGGGUGGAGUGGAUGCCAGUUUGGUACCACAUGGGUCUCUGUCAGCAGCUAAUGGAGAAAUGGUAGAGCUGAGUCAAGAAGAACGAGAGGCAUUAGCCAAAACCAAAGAAGGGAUGGACCUGGCCAAGUAUGACAAGUGGGAAAAUAUAUUCAGCAAAGAGCAUGCAGCCUCUGCUUUAACAAGUACAUCAGUGAACUGUGACAACAAUAGCAGGAACAACCCUGGAAAAGAACAGGUUUCCAGUGACAAUAACAUGGUAAGGGAGGAUGAUCUCCAAGAGAAAGAGAAAGAACCACAGGAAAAACAGAAGCAGCAGGACUUUAAUGCAGUCGUGGAAAAGACAGGGCUUGCCCCUUGGCAAGAUGGUGUCCUGGAAAGACUGAAAACAGCUGUGGAUGCAAAGGACUAUAAUAUGUAUCUGGUGCACAAUGGGAGGAUGCUUAUUCACUUUGGUCAGAUGGCUGCUUGUACACCUAGGGAGAGAGACUUUGUUUAUGGCAAACUUGAGGCUCAGGAAGUAAAGACUGUUUACACCUUCAAAGUUCCUGUGAGCUACUGUGGGAAGCGGGCUCGCAUUGGAGAUGCCAUGUUGAGUUGUAAGCCAAGUGAACACAAGGCAGUAGAUACUUCAGAUUUAGGGAUCACUGUGGAGGACCUGCCCAAAUCAGAUCUCAUCAAAACCACCCUCCUGUGUGCUUUAGAAAGAGAACUUAAAGGUCAUGUCAUCUCCGAAUCUAGGAGCAUUGAUGGGCUGUUUAUGGAUUUUGCUACACAGACAUACAAUUUUGAGCCAGAACAGUUUUCUUCUGGGACAGUGCUGGCUGACCUUCUAACCACUGACAACCCAGGGGGGCUCCAUGUGGAACUCCACAGUGAGUGUGUGACCCGGAGACAUAACAAAAGCAGCUCUGCCUUCACUUUCACUUGCAACAAAUUCUUCAGGAGGGAUGAAUUUCCCUUACAUUUCAAGAAUGUCCACACAGACAUUCAAUCAUGUCUCAAUGGCUGGUUCCAGCAUCGAUGCCCUCUCGCCUACUUGGGAUGUACUUUUAUUCAAAACCAUUUCCGUCCCCCAGGACAAAAGGCAAAAGUGAUUUAUAGUCAGGAGCUCAAGACCUUUGCCAUCAAGCCAGAGGUUGCUUCAGAGCUGGGUGAGAGAAAGAAGAACAACCAUCUCUCAGGCCGUGGAGCAAAAAGCCAGAAUUCUCUAACCAGCCUGCCCCUGGAGGUUUUGCAGUACAUUGCUGGGUUCUUGGACAGCAUCAGCCUGUCCCAGCUUUCCCAGGUAUCUGUGCUGAUGAGAAAUAUCUGUGCUACUUUGUUACAAGAGAGAGGGAUGGUCCUCCUACAGUGGAAGAAGAAGAGGUAUUCUCAUGGAGGCACUUCCUGGAGAGUCCACAGAGAGAUCUGGCAAUUCAGCAGCCUUUUCUCCAAAGUCAAGAGCUGGGAGUUUAAUGAAGUUGCUUCCAUGUCUGAACACCUGAAGGCCUGUCCUUUCAACAUUGUAGAGCAUAAGACUGACCCAGUUCUUCUGACCAGCAUGUGUCAGCUCCAGGAGCAGCCCCGAGAAACCUUAGUCACCACCUUUAGAACCAGACCACGAGGAAGACACACUUGCUAAAGAUUCAGAUGCCACCAUUCUUGGAUUUGCCCUCCGAGUUACUGAAAGUAGGACAGAGUGUGGUUUUGAGGACUUUCUUCUGUAAACUACAUAUGUGCUUUUCUAGGUAUAUGGAGCAUGCACUGUCCUAAACCUGAGCAGUUGCACAGGAUCUAAGAAUUUUCUAAGCCAUGGUUUGUACACUUGCCAUUGAGUGCCAUACUGAUUACUUAUUUCCUUCUCCCCACCCCCUUUUUUUCCUAAAACAAAUCAGUCUGAGGAGAAAAAAUAGGUAACUUGAGGCCAUUUAAAAAAUGAGCCCAAGUCUUAGGAGAUGAGAGAGCACUGAAAUUCCAUAACCAGUACAGACCUGUGUUUUUGUGGAGAAUGUUUUAAUUGAUGAGCACUUUCAAAUUUAUGGGGCAAGCAACACAGGAUUGGGUCAGAGGUGUGUUCCACCUCUCGUGAAGGGCACGUGGUUUGAUGGUUCUGGAGCUGGGGUUGUCUUGAUGGUUAAGUCUAGGUCUUCUUUUAGUCGCUCCUGCCUUGAGGACAACACAGGCCAAAGAAUGAGAGGCAGAAAUGAGAUCACAGAGUUUGUUGUGGAAAAUCUUAGCAACAUACAGAAGGACAGCCUUGCAAAAUGAGGAAAAGUCCAAAAGGGUAUUGUAUUAAUGGAGAAAAUUAGCACCAAAAGCCACAUGCCUACUUUUAUACAUGUCAAAAACGACUUGAGUCCAGAUUCUUUUCUUCUUAAAAUUAUAUUCUAGGUCUGGGUUAGGGAUAGCAGAGGCAUAGCCCAGCACCAUCCUGGGCUAUCUGAGAUGACCUCAAGACAUUAACACCAAUUUCAGUGUCAUGCCAGAAUGCACAGGGUAGUCCAGAGAGACCACACAUUGGCAGAAUCCAGACAAGGCCCACUGCAGUUCCUGUGGCCCACCAGGUCUUAGAUACCACUCAAGUACCCUGUGAGGGAUCAUAGGAAGGAACACACCUGAACAUAGUAGUUCCCAUAGAACACAUAGGAACAUAAUUGCUCCUCCCUAUUGUGGUUCAUGACUCCAGUCUGUCAGAAAUUGGUGAUACUAUUGGGCUUUGGUAACAAAUAGUGAAUACUCAUGAAAAUGGGAGUAAAAUAAAAAUACACAAUAGACACUGCCAUCCCCUAAAGCAGGGUUUCUCAGAACUAUUGACAUUUUGAACUGAACAAUUCUUUGUUGUAAGGGACUAUCCUGUGUGUUAUCAGAUAUUUAGCAGCAGCCUUGGCCCCUGUGCAGUAGAUACCAGUAGCCCUCCACCCCCACAGCUGUAACAACCAAAAAUGUCUCCAGACAUUGCUAAAUAUCCUCUGGGAGUAAAAUCUCUCUGGGUUGAGAACCGCCAUAAGCAAUAUCAUACCAGUGGCAGUAACUUAGGAUAAGUUUUUUAGUACAGCAAAAUCUUACAUAAGUAUCUACAAUGGUUAUGAUUUUAUGUAGCUCUUCUUUAUUUACUAGAUAAGUCUUAGAUGUGAUUUUAAGUUGGGAACCAGAUGGAGCUGAUUGUUCAGUGUGGCUUUAUGUCCUUAGGUCAUGUGCAAAGAAAUAUAUCCUUUCAGUUCCGCUCUCUCCAGAUGUAGCAGAAGCCAGCAUGUUGAGCUACUUAUCUUGUGUUUCUUUCCCUCUUACCUUAAUUGGUGCCAUUUUCCCAGCAGUCUUCAAACAAGUGAGAAAAAGGAAAAGGAGGACAUGUAUCAUGGGGAAGCAGAGAACAAAGAAUUUAGCCGACAAAAAGAGUUUAGUCGAUCUGAAUACUUGUUAUUGCCUGGGUCUCUCUCUGAACAUGGUUCAGAGCUGGUACAGAUGAAGUAGAGGACACCGGUGAGAAGAGUCAGAAGGCGUUAAAGCAAGUCCCAGAGUAGAAGCAUGCUUAUCUUUUCAUUAUAAUGUGCCACUUGGUACUAUUUGGUAAUGUAAUUCUAUUUUUCAUAAUCCUUUUUGCUUGGUUUAUAUUUCACAUUUGUAUAUAAGGCACCAUUUUCUAAAAAUACAGCUAGAGUGUGAGCUAUGAUUUUAUUCAGUGAAGAUGAGUAACUGGAAACAGCUGAGCACCAAAGUGGAAAAAAAGGAAGAGUUCCCCAGGUCUCAGCUCCAUGUGUUUUGAAUCCAGACCCCUCCUAUCCAGAGAAAGAAAGCUCCUAAAGUCCAUUCUGGGUGUCUUCUUUUACUAGAAAAAGAGAUAAAGUGGAGCUAUUCACCAAGGGAGAGAAAAAUCAGGGGCUGCUGUUAGAUGAAAAAUGGAGAGAAAGGAGGAGAGCAGAGGGAUUUUCCUUCACACCUGGGCACCUCAGGGUCCAGGAGAGCAGCCAGGAGGCUGCCCAUACGGCUUUGUGGGCUGCACACUUACAGUUACUCUUUAUUUUCCCAGUUACUGCCUUCAGAGCAAAAUUAAAUUGAUUAGCAUCAUCAAACACAUUUUAUAAGAUAUCUAGUUGUAUAUGUUGCAGGAAUCCAGGGUACUACAGGUAUCCACCAGUCUACACAAACAAGCACAUUUUAUGGUGAGAUGUCAGCUGAAGCAAAAAGGAAGCCUUUCAGAGAGGCUGUGGAUUGGACUGAAAAAUGACUAGAUUCAUGAGAUGAGGGUAUGUUGAGUAGCAUGAGCAGCAGAAUUAUCUGACAGAGGCAAGACAGAUGGACGUUGCUUCAGAUGAAGAAGCAGCAGAGGGGAGUGAAAAGGAAUGGGAGUAGGAGUCUGGUCAGGGAGGUAUCUAUGAACAGAUACCUUGAUGAGUUAAUCUAUCUGAAGUAGAGACCAGCCAAACAUGGAGGGUGAAGUCGGCAGAACUGAAGCAGAAAGGAAGUUUCUGUCUUAUAAUGAAGGGAAAAGUGAAAAGCAAGGUGGAACUUGAAGAUGGAACAGGAAAACCACUGUGAAAGUCUGAUCUAUCUGUGAUAUUGAGUCAAACUGAAGUGAAGAAUGAGAUUGUGUACAUCUGUGGUGACUUACCUCUGUGUGCUGGAAAUCCCACUGUCUCUAGAAGUGGCAAUAAAAGCUGUUUUGCACUCUGGAAA